AUCACUCAAUUUUCGCUUUUCAUUUUCCAUUAUUUUCCCGAGAAACAAACAAGUACUUCUCUCUUUUAGAUCUUCGAAAUGGCUCGUACCAAGCAGACAGCAAGAAAGUCCACCGGAGGAAAGGCUCCAAGGAAGCAGCUGGCGACCAAGGCCGCGAGGAAGUCGGCUCCGGCCACCGGAGGAGUGAAGAAGCCACAUCGUUUCAGGCCCGGAACAGUGGCUUUGAGGGAGAUCAGGAAGUACCAGAAGAGUACCGAGCUUUUGAUCCGAAAGCUCCCAUUCCAGAGAUUGGUGAGGGAAAUCGCUCAGGACUUCAAGACCGAUCUUCGGUUCCAGUCCAGCGCUGUGUCUGCUCUUCAAGAGGCUGCCGAGGCUUACUUGGUCGGUCUCUUCGAAGACACCAACCUGUGCGCGAUCCACGCAAAGAGGGUUACCAUUAUGCCUAAGGAUAUUCAGUUGGCUCGCAGGAUUAGAGGCGAGAGAGCUUAGGAUUUGCAGCUGAUGACAUUUCUCAAGUACUUUUACCUAUUCCUCUUCUGUAGUUGCUUCUUUUUAACAUUGGGUUUUGUAAAAUGGUGUGGAAAUCCAAUGAUUGAUUGGAUUAUCUUCUUUUCAUUGUCAAAGAUUGUAGUUCUUACUAUUAGUAAUGAAACAUGAGUGGUUAUUGCA